AUGCAGAGAUGGACAGUAACUGAGAUGAUGUCUGGGCUGUGUUCCCUGCAACCCCCUCAUGGAGCCAGGAUAACAAAGAAUCCUCCACAUUCACUGCAAGAUAGAACGUCAGAGAGACUCAGUGAGGGUUGGAGGCAGCAGCUGCCCAUGUCGGGUUUACAGGGAGCACAGCACACUGCAUCAGACAAUGUAGUGAUUAAUUCUGUGUAUGUUAUAUUUCACCCUGCAGUUUCUAUUGUACCUUUCAUGCCCUCCCAAGGAGGACGUGUAGGAGGUGGAGGUGGAGCAAGCCCCAAUAAAACUACACGGCAGUUCUCCACUUCUACAUCAGUGUCUUCCCCUGGCUCUCCACAGCCCACGAAGGAUCCAUUCUUUCCCACCAGAUUGGGACCUGAUAAGCCGGGAGGACCUCCAACCCAGAGCCUAAUGGGGAUGCGUGGACCACCCAGCCUGCCUCAGUCCCCAAUCCCUACCCGUUUAGGGAGCCCGUAUGUAGAUCAGCGAAUACUAGGAACUCCAAUUAGUCAUGGAGGGCCAGUGAGUCAGCUGACACCAAGUACUCCCAUUCAGCCCAGCAAUCAGUCCCUCUACAGUAAUGUUGCCUUCACCCCAAGCAGGGACCAGACCAGCCUCUUGAGUCAUGACACUUCUUUACAGACGUCUCUCUGUGAUGCCCUAGAGGAUUCUUGGGUCACUGUAUUUGGCUUCCCAGCUGCUGCUGCUUCAUAUAUCUUGACACAGUUCACACAGUUAGGAACCAUUGUAGAGCAUCGUAAUCCAGGAACGGGUAACUGGAUGCAUCUAAAGUACCAGACUAAAUUACAAGCUAGAAAAGCCUUGAGCAAGAAUGGGAAAGUAUUCAGUGGCAACAUUAUGGUUGGGGUUGUACCAUGUAGUGAUAAGGCAAUUACUGGAGAUAAAGAAAAUAUGUCUGCAAACCUAAGUAAUGUUAUAUCACCAGACUCAAGCAUGCUUGGAACACCAAAAUCUAAUAUGCGACCAUUAACACAGGCUUAUCAGACAGCUCAUGCAGAACAUGAGGUGAAUAUAAUUCCUAUUUAACUGUAUAUUCUCUUUUGUAUUCACCUAUUCACAAAUGAAAGCACCUGGACAUGUAAAGCACAUAUAUUGUCAGUGGAAAUUGUAAGAAUGAUGAGCAAGAUUUAGCUGAGAAUGAGUCUUCUUUGGAGUCAAGGAUUUAACCUAGUGCCUAUGGGUAUGGCAUUUACGUACCUGCCAUGCCCGCUGUGAGUUUACUUUGUUAAUUGUUUUUACAUGUAGAUGGCUACACUUGUACUAAGUCACCAAUGAGCCACUUACAAGUAAUACCUGUCUCACCUGUUUACCCUUUUCGUUGAUUUACAAACAUAUUUUACGUUAUCUUAUUUUGCUGUUACUAAUGUUUAUAACAUAGUAAUUAUAAUGUCUAU